UAAUCUGGGCUUUGGAUAAUAGCAGUGGCUUGCAUCACUGUCUUCAUGUGUCAUGUGCAAUUAUCUGCAACAAAACCUUCAUCAUUCACGCAUACCCAUGAUUUUUAUCAGUCUCUUGUUUUCAUUAGGAGUUUAGGACCAAGGUUUCCUUAAUGGAGACUCUCUUUUCUCUUCUUCAUCAAUUUCUAGUUAGUGUGGUCCAUCAAUUCAAUUUCCUGUCACACUGUAAGUCUUGCAAAAGCUUUCAGCACGGCUUUCAUUUUUUACUUCUUUUCCGCUUUACUGUUUAGGCCGUUUAGAGUUUCAAACAAAGCCAACAUAAACUCCACUCUUCUGGGACUGCAAGUUGGGGUGUUAUCCCCACUAGAAGCUUCAAACCCCCUAGUUUUUCUGAAAUGGGCCUGACGGUAUUCUCACUGUUGGAUUUUAUCUCUUUGUUCUUUCUUUUCUGUCUGGAGGUUUACUGUGAUAGCUCUCAGUUCUCUGUGAAUUUCUUGGAGUUUCCUCCGGCAUUGUCGCCUCUGGCGUCAGCUACAUUUGUGUUUGAAGUUCUGGAGGGCCAACAUGGAGAUAUUUGCAGAAAUUGUAGCAUCAAGUGCAAGCUGGAUGACCAGAUCUCAUCAGACUGUGAAGCCAGGAAAGCUUCGUACACGGACUUGCAUGAUGGAAGACAUUUAUUUGAGGUCUGCAUCAAUGGGUCUCAAGGAGCUGGCUGUGCUAGCUAUAACUGGACUGUUGAUACAGUUCACCCUACUGCAUAUGUUACGGCUGCAACAUCUUUUACAAAUGCCCUCAAUGUCACUGUAAAUAUUUCUUUCAGUGAACCCUGCAUCGGAGGAGGUGGUUUUGGGUGCUUAUCCGUGAAUGCCUGCAAUCUUCUUGUCUAUGGUGCUGGCCAAGUUAUACCAUCUACACUCAAAAUCCUUCAUCCAGACCUCAUAUUUUCUCUUGUUGUGGGUUUAUCAUCUAAUGUUCAUUACGGGCGAAUAAUAGUGGUUAUGGAUAAGAAUUUCUGUACAGACAGUGCUGGAAACCCAUUUAUGAGGAGUGCAAACUCAAGUUUCUUUGUACACUUCGAUAGAAGAAAUGUGUUUCUGAACCUAAGGACUGGCAUUCCUGAACAGCUCCUGCAAAUCAAUGGUGAAACCAGAACAGUUGAGGCAACAAACAAUUCUAAGAACCUAAAGGUGUAUUUGAACUUCUCAGAUCCUGUUCUCAACUCAUCUGCAGAAAUUCUUGAUUCUCUUCAAAUGAGUCAGGGCCUGCUUCUUCCUACUAAUGGAAAUAGCCUUGGAAAUCGCCGAUUCGGCUUCCUCGUUAAGAAUAUAUCAAAUGUUUCUGUUGUUACUAUAAGCUUUAAAUCAAGCUCUAUAAUAAGCAGACAUGGGACGCCAGUUUCUCCGAUUGCUCCGGUCACUUUCCUCUAUGAUCGUCAAAGGCCUACUGUGAGAUUGACCACAACAUCUAACAUGAGGACUAGAGAACACAGUGUACCAGUACUAAUAAAGUUUGCAAAGCCAAUAUUUGGCUUUAACCAUUCAGCAGUAUCAAUUUCAGGCGGGCAUUUGCAGAGCUUUCGGGAAAUCAGUUGGAGCAAAUAUGCUGUAGAGGUACAUGCAACUGACAAAAUUGUAUCCGUCCAUGUUCCUGAAAAUAUAACUGCAGAUGUUGCGGGAAACAGAAAUCUGGCAUCAAACACUCUACAAGUGAGGCACUAUUCAGUGCCUUUGGUAUCUUCAGUUGUCUCCACCUUCGCAACUACUGUUUUUGCAGUAACUUCUUCAGCUUCAGGAUUGCUUACAGUUUCUACUGCAAGCCUUCAAUCAAUUGGGGCACUUUCUGGGCUAUCUUCAUUGACGUCUGAUCCUGCGAAGAAUCUUUUUAGGAUUGCAUGCCACAUUCAGGUCUUUGCACUCUCUAGAUGGUUAGCAGUUACCAUACCAGUUGAAUAUUAUGAGUUUGCAAGGGGUUUGCAGUGGACUAUUCCCUACCUCAGACUCCCAUGGGAAAGUGGACAUGUCCAGCCAGUCAUAGUAGAUUCAAACCCUACAGCCAUUACAAGUUCAGUAAUAUUGGAAAAUCAUAAGGGAAUUUACAAGAGUGUGCAAUCACCAGAUGGAAAUUUAGAUAUGUCUGCUUCAAUAAAUGGCUUGCCACUUGCACCCAUGGAGUAUAGAUCAUAUUUUGAGGGCCAAAAUAUGAAACCUGAAGCUGAUGAUAUCCUGGACCAGCAGAAUUCAGAUGGGUGGAGAGAAUUCAAUAGAAACAUAUUCUGGUUAUCUGUAAUUGGUGGCAGCUUAAUUCUUCUGCAUGCUAUAGUCCUUUGUAUUUUAAGACUCAGAAAGAGGAGUUCAGAAAAACAGGGGUCUUACGGAGCACUCAUUUUUCCGAGGUUUGAGAUAUUUCUGAUAGUUCUUGCAUUGCCCUGCAUCUGCCAGGCCUCAGCAGCUGUAAUUAAAGGAGGAACUACUUCAGGGGUUAUAGUUGGUAUUCUGCUGUUGGGUGUUGAAUCUUUUCUACUACUAGCCUUACUGCUGUUUCUCUCAGCUGGGAUAACAAUAGGUAAGCUACUUCAGUAUAAGGAAGUUCAUCAAGAAGGCCAGAAAUUUCACUGGUAUCAAGAAAUUGUCCGAGUGACCUUGGGUCCUGGUAAGAGAGGCCAAUGGACAUGGAAGAACCAGCCGAACUCUAUUUAUCCAACAAUGUUAGGCCCUUUGUUUGAGGAUCUGAGAGGCCCUCCAAAGUACAUGCUCUCACAGAUCUCUGGGGGAAAUCCUAGCAAGCAGGGGGACCGCAUCAUAGCCUCAGAUGAUGAAACCGAAGAUGCAGAGGCACCUUUUAUCCAGAAGCUCUUUGGCAUUCUUAGGAUAUACUAUAUUUUUCUUGAAACUGCUAAGCGUUUUGUGCUUGGAAUUGUGGUUGGUGCUUAUUCGCUGGAUGUGUCAUCCAGGACUCCUGCAUUAACGUUGCUAUGCAUCACCUCAUUUCAGCUCUUCUUUCUAUUGUUGAAGAAACCUUUUAUAAAGAAAAAGGUUCAGUUAGUUGAGAUCCUCACAAUUGGCAGUGAAGUCGGAAUCUUCUCUACAUGUCUGGUACUCUCAGAGAAGGAAUUUUCAUCAGGUGAUGAGACAAAAAUUGGAAUAUUCAUGCUAUCACUUUUCUUGAUUGGAUUUUCUGCGCAGAUGAUCAAUGAAUGGUAUGCAUUGUAUAGGCAGACGCUCCGACUGAGCCCAACCAACUCUUUCUUGUCCGGAUUAAGAAGUGCUUGUGUUGGAUUACUGUUGAUUUUGAUCCCAUGGAAUUUACUUAAGAACCUGGACAAUGUGUUCCCCUUGAAUCAGUCUGGGGGUGAAGAGAAAGAGAUUUCUGUCACUUUCGGAGACCGGGAUAGGAGUUCUGGGAGCAAAAGCUCAGGUACACCUGAUAAACCAUGGAUGAGACAACUAAGAGAAUUGGCUAAAGCUAGCUUCAGUAAGGAGGAUGGAAGUGCUUCAAAAGAUCCAUCGACUAGUCAGACACAGAGAAGUACUUCAAAAGAUCCAUCGACUAGUCAGACACAUACGACUAGUCAUCAGACACAGAGAAGUGGGUUUUGGAGCGGCAAGAGGAGUGGGAGUUCAUCAGUAAGUUCAUCAUCAGAUUAUAAGGCGAGGAGAUCAAAAAGCUUGUACAGAGAUUUAGAAGCCAUUUUCUCAUCCAAGUAAACUUCCAACAUUUUUCACAGUGGAGUAGAGCUUUUGAGUUCAUGAAGAGUCCUUGUCUUCCCAUCAGCUGGUUUACUACUGACAAAACUAUCAUUUGGAACUAUAAAGCAGUUGAUGGAUGGUUGUGAUCAGAGUGCUCUUGAAUGUCCUAGUGUUCUCAGACAUUGCUUGGUUGGGGUUUUGUAAUCUAGAUUAUAGACAUUAAAAGAAGGUUCACUAAAGCUGUUUGCAAGUAGCUGUAAUUGCCAAUGUUGUUCACAUUGGAGGUUGAAUGUACUUAAAGUCGUUUAAAAAUGAAGCACAGCAAGAAUUUAUAUUUCAUUA